AUGGGGAAGGAAGGUGUCAGGAAGCGUGUCAGGAAGCGGGCGGCGGAGAAGCCUGUGGAUUCCUCAUCGGGCUCUUGCAAGAAUCGCUUCAACCAGCAGCAGCUGAAGGAGCAGGGUGGGACUGGCCAGUGGGAGCAGGAAAGGUCCAACAAAGAAGCCUUGUGCAGCCGGGCUUUGGGCGCUCGAUUGCUCAAUCAGCAGCUGGUGGGUUGGCGUAACUGCCAGGUAUGGGCAGAGCUGCAGUUGCCUCCAUCAGGCAAAAACCUCCUGGAGGUUUUUGAAACGGAGAUAAAAUCAACAGCCAACCGGAAGAGCUUGCCCUUUGUUUUUGCCGGGGCACUGCAGCCCGCGGGCUGGGCUGCAGCUGGCCCCGGCCGCUGUGCAGCGCUCGCAGUUGUUUCCGGAGGAAGGCGGGAAGCGCCGCUCGCCAUGGGCAGGAGCGCGCGGAACGCCCUGCUCCCCCGCUCCUCAUCCCGGCAGCACUUCCUCGGGGGCCUUGCUGGCGAGUCCAGCGCGGGAGCAGAAGGGAGCGCCCAGUCGCAGCAGCGCUCGCUGCUUCCCACGGUGGGAAUUUCCCGCUUUCCUGGCUGCUCAUCCUGCAGGGCCCUUGCUGUUAUUCUGCCCUCUGAGAAUACCAAUCCCUGCAGCUCUCUCAGCCCGCCGUGCUUUACCGAGGAGGACCGCCUGAGCCUGGAAGCUCUGCGCACCAUACACAAGCAGAUGGAUGACGACAAGGACGGCGGCAUUGAGGUGGAUGAAAGUGAUGAGUUUCUAAGGGAAGAUAUGCAAUAUAAGGAUGCCUCCAAUAAGCACAGUCACCUGCACAGGGAAGAUAAACACAUCACCAUUGAGGAUCUGUGGAAACGCUGGAAAACCUCUGAAGUUCAUAACUGGACCCAAGAGGAGACUCUUCAGUGGCUGUCAGAAUUUGUUGAAUUGCCCCAAUAUGAAAAGAAUUUUAGAGACAGCAAUGUGAAAGGAACAACGCUUCCCAGGAUUGCAGCAAAUGAACAUGCUUUCAUGAUUUCACACCUGAAAAUAAUUGACCGGAGCCACAGACAGAAGCUUCAGCUGAAAGCCUUGGAUGUUGUUCUGUUUGGACCACUCACACGUCCCCCUCACAACUGGAUGAAGGAUUUUGUGUUAACGGUUUCUAUAGUGAUUGGGUUUGGUGGCUGCUGGUUUGCAUACACUCAGAACAGGACCUCGAGAGAACAUAUCACAAAAAUGAUGAAGGACUUGGAAAGUCUCCAAACAGCAGAGCAAAGUCUUCUUGACUUGCAGGAAAGGCUUGAAAAGGCACAAGAAGAAAACAGAAAUGUUGCUGUGGAAAAGCAAAAUCUGGAGCGCAAAAUGAUGGAUGAAAUCAAUGAUGCAAAACGGGAAGCCCAUCGACUGCGAGAGCUGAGGGAAGGAGCUGAAUGUGAGCUGAGCAGGCUCAAAUAUGCAGAGGAAGAGCUAGUACAGGUUCGAAUGGCUUUAAAAAAGGCUGAGAAGGAGUUUGAGCUGAGAAGCAACUGGUCUGUUCCUGAAGCUUUGCAGAAAUGGCUUCAGUUAACACAUGAAGUUGAAGUACAGUAUUACAAUAUCAAAAGACAACAUGCAGAAAUGCAAUUAGCAAUUGCCAAAGAUGAGGCAGAAAAGAUAAAAAAGAAGCGAAGCACCGUGUUUGGAACACUGCAUGUUGCACACAGCUCCUCACUGGAUGAUGUGGACCAUAAAAUACUUGAAGCAAAGAAGGCGCUCUCUGAGCUGACGACGUGUUUGCGAGAGCGGCUCUAUCGCUGGCAGCAGAUCGAGAAGAUUUGUGGCUUCCAAAUAGCGCACAAUUCUGGGCUCCCGAGCUUGACAUCCUCUCUGUACUCUGAACACAGCUGGGUAGUGAUGCCCCGCGUUUCCAUUCCUCCUUACCCGAUUGCUGGGGGAGUUGAUGACUUGGAUGAAGAUACUCCUCCGAUAGUUUCACAAUUUCAUGGGUCCAUUGUCAAACCUCCCAGCACGCUGGCGAGAAGCAGCAGCUUGUGUCGCUCGAGACGCAAUGUUGUGCCAUCAUCUCCACAGUCCCAACAGGCCCUGCACUCCCCUGACCCCGACAUCCUGUCUGUGUCGAGCUGCCCUGCUCUUUAUCGAACCGAAGAGGAGGAGGAAGCCAUUUACUUCUCUGCUGACAAGCAAUGGGAAGUCCCGGAGACAGGCUCAGAGUGCGACUCCUUCAGUUCAUCCGUUGGAAGGAAGCAGUCUCCUCCAUCAAGUCUUGAGAUGUACCAGGCACUCUCUCCUCAGAAGGCAUCCCGGGAAGAACUCUCAUUGGAGGAGUCCUCUACGGGAGACUCCUCUUCUCUAACUGCAGAUAUUUCCAGGGGCUCUCCUGACUGCGUAGGCAUGGCAGAAACAAAGAGCAUGAUCUUUAGCCCCGCGAGCAAAGUGUACAAUGGAAUACUUGAGAAGUCCUGCAGCAUGAACCAGCUCUCAAGCGGGAUCGCCCUCCCGAAGCCUCGCCACACCUCGUGCUCCUCAGCCAGCAGCGACAGUAAACCCAGCCAGGAAGCCUCUCCUUUCCCUAGGAUAAGUAGUAUCCCAAAGGACCUGUACCAAAACGGUGAAAAAAACAAAAAGCCAUCAAAAAUAAAAAGCCUCUUUAAGAAGAAGAGUAAGUGAGGUGGACAGAAUAAACCUACAGGAAUGAUAUAAAAACUCUAUAUUUUUUAAAUCUUUUGAAUGUAAUUCCAUUCGAGCAUUCCCGACUGAAUGCCCUAAUGGAAUGCUCUGUAGGUCAACUCUAUUUAACUGACUCUUUUGUCAAAGAUCAUGCCAGCUGUCAAGGACAAAUCAUUAAAAAGUUCAGACAGUUUACAGUCAUUUCUGCCUAUUUAUUUCUGGGGGUUUAGUUUAUUCAUAAACGUUUUUUUUAAGCCACUUUGGACUUCUAAGCUUUAAUGGACUAGUAAGCCUUCCGGGGCUUGCCAAAGUUUCUUGUUUACCAGAGCAUCUUCUUAUCUUUCCAUAGAGCUAGGACGUUUAUCUACUGGACUUUAAGAAAAUAAGAAGUAGAACUAAUUGAAUUGCACUACUAUUUUCCAGACUGGAAAAGUCUCUCCGCGACUGAAACUGAAAGACUUUAAAGUGACUGAGAAGAUGGAUCUUUUCACUUUUAGAUCUUUUGGCAUUUUUAAGUAGAUCCUAGGAUUUCUAAUAGACUCGAUUUCUGGAAAUGGAAAUGCCACGCUUUUAUUAUGGGAAGCUUUGUUAGAUGCGUUUAUUAUUAGAAUGGGUCAAGUCCUGCUGUAAAGAUCAUGUUUUUCCCAGGACUUUCACUGUGAUUUUACUUCACUGCAGGCUGUAUGAUAAAAUGAUAUAUAGAUAAUUUAACAAGAGGAGAGGCUCUUGAUUCCUUAUGCAAGUGAUGGAUAUGAAACUUGACCGAGGACUGAAAAUAUUCAUCCUCCUAGAUGAGGGGGGGCGGGUAGUAGCUUUUGUUUACAGACUGACAGACAAUGGACACUUGGUUGUAAACGUUUGUACUGUGGUAAAGAUAAUAAAUUGGAAACAUUAUUGUGCUUGGGAAUGUUCCAAUUUUAGCUGAUGCUUGUUUCAGAGGUCCUGUUUGUCAAAAGCUGUUGUAGGCUACAUUGCUUAUGCUUACUGCUGUGUGUAAGUUAUUGUUAUAUUUUUUGGAUUAACCAUUAAUGUCUUAAUGUCCUCCUUUUGUAAGAUUUCAUACACUUUAUUUUUGUAUAGUUUGAAAAUCUAGCUGUUCAGACAUGUCUGAAGUAAAUGGUAUAAUUUUAUAAUGCAUACUGUUAUACUAACUCAUAAUUUUAGAUAUAAAGAUAGAUAUAAAGGUGAGACUCUGGACAUGCUUCGGGAUAAGCAGUUUUUAUGUUAAGUAAGCUUUUAUAGGGAGAGACGAAAUUACUAUGGGGUAACAAAGAAGCCUUCUUAGGGAAACAGUAGCUAGUUGUUCAGAAAGAUUUUUUUUAACACUUGGAGACAACAAAUGUACUGCUCGAGUAACAGUGCCUUUUAUUCAGUUUGUCUGAAAAAAUGUUAAUACCGAGCAAGAAUUUCUUUAGAGGUACAUUCCAAAGAAAUCCUCCUUGCUCUAAUGAACGCAAGCAAUUGAUCCAGUGAUGACUAAAUAAUUUCAGCUCUUCCACAGGGGUAUGCUAGUUGUCUCAGUGACAGCUGCUGCCGCCAGUGACCUGCCAUGAGGGCCAUGUUCCUUGCCAAUACGUAUACGCUGCGCUGUAUGGAAGAAUUAACUCGCUGCUUGCCUGAACUAUUCGCUAGUGAGUAGCCUGCAACAAAAGCUGUAGCUAAUUGACACUGAUAUAUUGUUUUCCUUUCAUCUUCUCUUUAGGUUCCACUGUACGUAGUUGGUGUUAGUUGUGUCCUCGUGAAGUGGUGAGAUUAAGGGAAGCAUUUACUGUGGCCAGUGAAACGGAGGAGGAGGAGGACCAGUAGGGAUAGAUUUCAAAGUGUUUGACAGUCUCAGGACCACAAUCCAAUGGAUGUGGCAGGCUGCUAUCUGCUUAUCUUAUUUAACAAGUGAAAGCAGUAACUCUGGAAACAAGGGUCGUGGACUAGCCCAACCCUGGGAAAUCCAAAGUUGACCGUGCUUUAAACUUUGUUCCCUCGAGAGAUAUGAAGUUCUACUGUCCAGGACUUCUAGAUAACACAGGACAUUGAAAAUUGGAUGGAGAUAUUAGAUGUGCCUGUGAAUACCUUAAAAGUCUUGGAACAUUGGUGUAUUUAAGAGAACAGAAAGCAGCCACAGUUUUACUGUCCAACAAAGAAUGGUUGAAAAUUGUGUACAUUGUGAACAUAGAAAAGAAGCAGAGAGGAAGCCCAAUGUUAGUUAAUAUUUGGAGAAGAAGCAAAUAGGAACAGAAAAUGAGAACAUGAUAUUGUGCUAUUCUCAGUCAUCAAACUGAACUACUAUAGCUGAAAAAAAAAAAAAAAUCAUCACAAGGUAACAUGCCUGUGAACAAAGAUUGUGCACUCUGUAUGCGUUGGACUCUUACCAGGAGUCAUUCAGAGGGAUGUGCCAUCAGAACCAUUUCAGUGCGGAGCAUUUGGAGUUGUUAAAAAGCCUAAUAUAUUGGACAUGUACAAAGGGAAACUAUGUUUAAAAACAAACAAAAAAAAAAAAAAUAGGGAACUUGUUUUGCCUCAGAUACCUGGAUGGGAAAGACCACUACCACAAGAACAUUCAGAUUUGAAGUCUGCACUUGAAAGCAUUACAGCAAUAUUUGAAUUUUUAAAGCAAAAUCUGCAGCUGGAGAUUAGAUCUUGCAGUGUGAGUUUUGAGGAACUCUUAUCACUACCAAAGAAGAUGAGGGAACAUUCUGAUACUGAAGAGUAAAUAAUUUGCAUCUGAAAACCGGUACUUUGGAGGCAGUAGAGAGGACUGCUUAAUCCCGACAUUGAUACCAUACAAGCGCAAAUUCUGAGAAGCCUAAACAGGCAAGUUCAGUUUUAUAUAGUAAGAAAAUUGAGUAGUGGAAGUGGUUGUGUAUUUAUUGGCUUUGAAUCCUUAAAAGCUGUAUUUUUUUGAGCCGGCAAUUCAAUGCACCUUAAGAGCAAAUGAUAUGGUAUUGUACAAACAAAUCAGGUGAGAUUAUCACAGGAAUAGGUUUUGGCUUCAAACUGGCUCCCCAGACCUUUGGGGUACAAACUGCUUCCAACACCCUGUUUGUUACCAACUGUCCUGUAACUUUAUAGCUGCUUCUUUAAAAACCCAACUGCUUUUUGAGUUCAUAAAAUAAACCUUAAUGGAACUAAAAGGUCAAGUUAAUACGUUUGGAGAAGUACUGGGUAUUGUAUUAAGGCUGUAAUUAAUUUGGAAUUCGUAGGUUUUUCUUUUGUUUUUCAGUAUUUUAAUGCAGUCCUUACACAUCUUGUCUCCUAGAUCUGUUCACAUUCUAACUGCAAUGCGACUACUGUAGAAGUGAAAACUUUUAGCAUCCUUUUACCGUGCGAAUUUGUAUUCCAGUAAAAUCAUUUGGCAUCUGGCGGAUGGAGGGGCUUCCUUGAGCCACUGCUGUAAAGCUACAUUAUAUAUAUAUAUAUAUUUCUAUUUAUAUAUAUGUAUGUAUGAAAAGGAUGUGUUGAAAUGUUGCGAUGACUCUAAGGAGGAUCUUCUGUGCAAAUCCAUCCUUAAAAGAAGUACCUGGCGUGAAUCAGGUCAAUCCUAUGGCAUGAGUCAGUCCUAUGAGACCUGUCAGCGUCUCAAUGAGUGAGGAGAUGAUGAGGUGCUUUAGAAGGUCCGUUGAGGUUUCUUCCCCUGCUUGAUUAGUGACGUAAUUUAUCUGAACUAGCUGGCAGUUGGUGAGUCCAACCACUAGGAUUUCUGUGAGACAUGUCAGUCAUCAUAGGCACGAUUCUUAUAGUGUCAUCAGCCUUAGAUGGCUCAGGACUUCCUAAGCUCUCGACUCAGCCUGGUUGUGAUCAGAGUAUAUGAGGGUUUUAUAGCUAAAAUCCAUGCUCCAAGAACUAUUGGAGAACCUAAAAAUAGAUGGUGAAGAUUCUUGCUUAUUUAAGUACUUAAUGUUGAAACUUUUGUCAAGGCAGGGCCCAUUUAUGGACACUGUCCAUAAAGGUUUUCCCUGAAGACUUUAAGUCUUUCAUCUAUAGUAGGCCCUGUCAGAUGUUUUUCCUGCAUAUCAGAAAGUACAUUGGCAAUUAGGGCUGUGAAGGAGAGUGAGAAACCCAGACCUCCGUAACUGAACAAAGACAAACCCUUCUGUAGUUCUCUUUGAUCCUUGGGAGAGGUUUUUCUUUUCUUUAAAAAACUUAAGGGAAGGGCAUUUUUUGGUUACUUGUGGUCAAGUUUAAAAUUAAAAUGGUUGUGUUUUUUUCUUUUUUCUUCUCGGACAAUGUUGGAAUUUAAGUAAAAAUUGUACUUUGUCAGUUGCAAUUGUGUUUCAGUAGCCUUUUUAUCUCCCUGCUUCCCUGGCACCUACAUAAUAGGUUUCCCUUCACCUUCUGAUGGGCACUUUGCUGAAACAGUCCAUCUUGGUCAAGGUUACAAGUUGCUUUAAGAAUGUGCUUUCUUGCUUGGAGGGCAGCAAGAUAGUAAUGAACCAAAGGGAACUUGACUCCUCUUUGUCUCAUGAUGUUUAUGGAUGCCAUCCUGAUCUAGGCAAUUAAUUUUGCAAUUGGUUGAAAGCCUGCAAAGAUAAAAUUAAUUAGAAAUGGAAACUUCCAAGAUUUUGGCCUUUUGCUUCUGAGUAUUUGUGAAAACAGUUUGCCAGGACAAAGAUAAGCUUUAAUUAGUAUUUCGUAUGCAAUCAUCUUUUAGAGUUUCAGAACAGUUUCAUUCCCGUUUCCAAGAUUCAUUGCUGGAGAAGGAUUACUGCCUUAGUUUUAUAAUGCAUGCAAAGAAGCAUUUAUUUUUCAUUAAAACUUGAAAACAAGAGAGAAGAACAUAAAUAAACCUGAACGCUUAACUUCAAAUAUCUUUGAAGCCAAGUAAAGUUAUUACUGGCUCAUGGACCUGUUUAGUAUUUGAUUAUCUACAUGUUCAAUACAUUAAACAGGAUGAACAGGGCUUUCUUAUCUGUUCCAGGUGCAGUGACUGAAGCGAUGAGUUACUGUCCUGUUCGAAAGAGUGCUUGGUUAGACUUGCUCUAGGCCAUUGAUUCCUGAACAUUGCAGCUUUAUUGAAUAGUCUGCCAAAACUGCAUCAUUCUGAGCGCUAGGAAAUUUUUCUAUUACUGGCUUUUAAAAUGAAUUUUGGUUGUAACAGGGAAAGAAAAAAAUAAAGAGCCAUUUUACUGGGUCUGAAUAUCUACUUAGUUCCCCAGAUCUUGCCUAAGCAGAAGACAUGAUUCUGAUAAAUCUGUUACGCUUACCUGUUGCUGCCAGUUGCCCUUGCACCUGACACUGCUUAAGCACCAGCCCAUUUUGGCCUUUCAGAAAUAAAAUGGCUUCAUACGUUCAUUUCACUACCGCUGUGAAUCCCAAGUCCACCAAAUUUGUGGUGUGGGUGUGUGUCUACUGUUCUUCUGAAAAGAACUGGGAAGACUGGUCUCUGAGAGUUAAGGAAAAUUCAUUUGAGUAGAGUAAUAAGAAAUUCCUCUUGCUUGUCCCAUAAGAUGAAAAAGUGUCCAAGUCUUUGAUUUUUUUGAAGUCCAAGCACUAAGCAAUGGUUAGAACUCACUCAGCUUGCAGGUGAUGGGAAGGUCCAUUCCAUUGUGGGAUUUUGAGAUCAGUGAUUCUUGGCUUUAUCCAAGAAUCAAACUUUCUUCUUUGGAAGUGCUUUGUAGGGCAUUGCUUGGUUUCUUUUUUUCUCCAUUUUCUACCCAGUGUUAAAUUUGAUAGUUGUCACAUUAAGUUACCUGUUCAGCAGAUCUCAGAGUAGUUUGGGGUCAUGGUUUCUAUUGUGUGUCUUAAAGUUGAUUUAUGGUUUAGUAUGUGUGAAGACAUCUGAAUUAAGAUUUCCUGCCCUCCCCACCAUACAUUCCUCUUAUUCUGCACAGUUCUUUGUGAUCCCUCUGCUGUUACAAAAAAUAUGCAGGUGUUGAUACUUGAUUCAUACUGACUUUCACUAUACAGGACAUUUUUCAGCUGAGAAUUGCUAAUAAGUGGUAGAAAUUUCUUUUUAAAGACUAGAUCAUGGUUAAAUAUCCUUGCAAAAAGGCUGCUCUGCUUCACUUGGACUACAUAUGGCAUUGCCUCUGCUGUGGUACAGGAGUGAUGAGUUAUCCUUUUCAAUUUCUGAUUCAUGUGUUAAUUUUAUCUCAUAACUGAGUUGCCAAAAUUAUUUUCCAAUCUGAACUAAUUUAAUAUUAAGGCCAGUAUAUCCAGUCCUUCAAGAGUCAAUCUCCAACUGUCAGCAAUCAGUCUGUUCUUACUGAGAUAAGUUAGUUGUUUCUGCAGAAAACUGUUUCCACCUUGAACACUUUUUAAAUGUGAUAGAUGGUAAAAAUAGGUUCCUGAAGUCCCCAAGCAGAAGGUAGAGACCUUUCGAAGUGACCCAGGUGACCUGUGUUCAUCAGCUUCCAAAUCAUCUCUUGGGAAGAAGGAGCCUCCCGAGAUGAAUGCAGAGCUACUCGCUGCUCGGAACUUUGUAGUUAAUUAUAUUUGGCUAUUACAGUAACUUGCAUGUGUGUUUGCUUACUUUGCAUUAGCUGAGGAGUUACGGGAGAACUUGGGGGGCUUGUUUAAGAAGUUGGUGUUUAAGAAACAAAACACAGCAAACUCAGAUGAGAAACAUGCCAGGUUGUGGACUGGCUUGAACCAACAAACAUGCCAGAUUUUGGUCUAAAGUUUAAGUAGUUCUUAAUGAAAUUGUUUGGCUUGUGUAUUUUUACACUGCUUGCAAGCAACAAUAACUAAAAAUUUAAACACUCUAUAUUUCAGUGAGGCAGUUUGGGAGAUGUACCCUGCCCUGUUAUUUCUUGUUUAGGUAAGAUUGAAUGGUAGUGAAUAUUCAGCAUAUUCAUGCCCGAGUGAAAGCUGAGCAGAAUUGAAGUGAUUUGCAUUUCUUUUUAAUUGCAGCUUCAUAAAAAUGUAGAUAUUUGCAUAAAGCCCAUCACUGGAUCUAGAUGUUUCAGUAAUACAGCAGAAGAGGACCAAGACAAGUAAACAUACAGAGCUUAAAACUUAGUAUUCUCCUGUUUUGCGAAGGCAUGUUGUCCUCCAUGCAGAUUCUCCUCUUCCUCUAUUUGCUCUUAGCUACUGUUUGUUUUCUUAUGUUGAACUAAAAUAAGAAACAAAGCCCUGAGACUGAUGGGUUUCUCUGAUAUAUGCACACUGUACUUGC